UUGCUGGCGGUCGAAGCGUUGAGACGUCUGUUCGCGGUUGAAAAAAUCCAAUAAGAACGCGACUGAAGCGAGCUCUUUUUGUUAACUUUUUUUUCCCAACCACUCAUAGACACUGAGCUUCUCUAAAUGCCAGUUUGCAUUUGCACCCAAUCAUCGACAAGAAAACUGAUUUGGAAUAGCUGCCGCAUUUUCUUCGAGUGUGCCUGAGUUGCACAUUCCGUCCUGAAGAUGGCGCUGCGCCUGCGUCGCGACGUGCAGAAGGCCUCCUAUUAUGUGUGGUUCCUGGGCGCCGAGGAGGCGAAGGGGCUGCGUGGUGCCCGCGUCAUCAACUCGGUCCUGCCUUAUUUGGUGGACAGGUCCCGCGGCCAGGAGCCGCUCAAGGUCACGCUCCAGGUGUCCCACAAGGGCAUCAAGAUCGUCCAGGGGGCCUCGAAGCACCUGAUUCCACACAGUGCCAUAACCAGCUCCGUGCAGACAGAUGACAUCGUCGCCUGCGUGCUGCUCCUCUACAAUCCGGCCACCAAGUGUCCGCUCCACGUCCACGCCUACCGAUGCGAUUCGGAGACGACGGCGGAGGCACUGCACCUCCAGCUGCAGAUCCUCAUCAACCGCCCGGACAACCAGAAGCGUUUCGAGGAGCUGGAGACCAGACUGGGAAUUUUGCCACCAAUCCCCAUGAACGGCGGCAGCGAGAAGCGCCACGAGUCGAAUGGGAAGGCCUCGUCGGCGGGCGGUGGUCCUGGAUCGCACCACCACCAGCUGCAGUCCCAAUCGUCGGGCGGCUAUCAAGGUCGUCGGCACGAGACGUCGUCGCCCAAACGAUUCAGCAGCUCGUUGGGCAGCGAUACGGGCAACAGCACCCGGGAAUCGGAGUGCAGCGAGGAGCACGGCCUGGCCGGUGGAAACUCUCCGGUUUCCCGAUCGCCGCCGCACGGGAAACAGCAACAGCAGCCACACAACCACAACCACCCCCACCCCCAUCCACACCCACAUCCGCCGCUGCACCACCCACCGCUGACCCCCCAGCAGAAUAGCGACCUCUUCGAUUCAUUGGCCGCCGAACUGCGAGCCAAACUGAAUGGCAAUGGGCCACCGUUGCUGCUGCCUCCCCGGGAUUACGAUACAGUGCAUCGAUCGAAGGGCAAUUUAACCGCCAUCGAGUUGAGGCGCUGCCGCAACGCCCUCAUUGUGGGCGGGGCGCCCAAGGGGCAGGUGCAGGGAGCCGCCAGCGGAGCCGUCGGAGCAGCCGCCAAUGCCAACGGGAAGCAGGUCUCCUCGCGGGGAUCCUCCGGCAUCGGAUCCGAUCUGGCGCCCAGUCCCGAAAGACAGGAACUCAACAGCUCCAGCGAUGAUGAGCACUGGUCGAACGAGGCGGACAACUCGGUGAUCGCGCUGAAGCCGUCGCAGAUUGCGAUUCCGCACCACGGACAGUUGAAGAGGAAGAGCGCCGUCCAGCCGCCGGAGGAUAGUUACCUUCGGGAUCUGCCAGCGAAGCCCUAUCAGCCGCGUCCCAGCGAACGGGAACGGGAACGGGAACGGGAACUGGAGCGGGAAAGGGAGAGGGAAAGGGAUCGAGAACGUGAGCGGGACAGAGAACGCGAACGGGAACGGGAUCGAGACCGCGAAAGAGACCGCGAGCGGACCAAAACUCCAGCUUCCAUUUCAAAUAAAUCCUGGAGUCGCGAGGACGAGAUCAAACCGAUAAUAAUGCGUCCAGCUGACUACGAUGCCAAGUUCAAUCGGGUGAUGCAACAGGAGCAGCAGCAACAACAACAGCAACAGCAGCAGCAGGAGCAACAACAAAAACAGCAUUCCGGACAAUCCUCCGGAAAUCAUCAGCCAGCAAAACUGAGGGACACCGACAAAUACAACGAGAUCAAUCGGCUGCUGAACAAGAAGCUCUCCCACGAAAGGGAGCGAAAGCCGCGCUCCCGACUGGAGGACAACCACGAUGACUUCGAGGACUCGGAUCCGGGCAGUGAGCCACUGGGGCAUCCGCACCAGCCACCGGGUGUGGCGCCAUCGCUGCACCAUCACCAUCGCAAGGAGAACCUCACCGACAAGCAGAAGUUCAUGGAGUACACCAGCAAGAAGCAGCAGCUGCUCAAGAAUUACGCUGGCGAGGAUCAGCGCUAUCGCCAUCGCUACGUGGAGCCCACAGACCUACCAUUCGAAUCCGCCGGGAUACCAACCACCACCGGUGGUGCGGCGGGUCACAACAAAUACGCCGCCGUUCACCGGGGAACGGAUUUGGGUCAGAGGACAACGGAGCGACGACACGAAAGGGAUCGUGGCGAUAGGGAGAUGGAACGGGAACGGAGAAGGGAUCACGAACUGGAUCACUCGCGGGAUCGCAAUCCCUACAGGGAGGCGGAGAGUCUGCCGUACAUCCAGAGCAUGGAGAAGAUGAUGAAGUCCACGGGCAUGCGGUAUGCAGAAGGUAAUCCCAAGUCCCGGGAAAGGGAGCGGGAAAGGGAGCGCGACUUCCGGGAGCCACCGAUCAUCCAGCAGAGCUCCCAGCGCGACCGAUUCCACGAUGCCAAGGACAAGUUCCGGGCAAUGGAACAGCGACCGGCGGUCAAUCGCUAUCCGGAUUUGGAUGAACGCGAUGCUCCGAUCCGGGAUCCAUAUCGAUCCUCGUCGAGAAGGCGACGCGGUUCCGUGGAGCCGCCGAGCACCUACGAGCAGUGGAGCGAGGAGGAAGAGCCACCGGUGGUGGUGGUCAGCGAGAAGCCAUCUUCAAGGGAGCUAAAUCGAUCCAGGGCCAGAUCCCGCGGCGAAUGGGAGCCGGAACCAACGCAACCGCCCAGACAUUUGGAGCGCGGAGUGAGGGAUAGAGAACGGGAGAGGGAUCGCGAUUACAAUAGGGAGCAGUCAAGGGAUCCCUAUCGCCACGAGAGGGAAAGGGAAAGGGAUAGAGAGAGGGAAAGGGAAAGGGAGAGGGAAAGGGAGAGAGAGAGGGAAAGGGAGAGGGAGAGACCCGUGGACAGACGUGCCCAUUCCCGAGAAUAUCUACAAAGUGUGGAAACCAAGAAUCCCUCGACAACUGGUUCCAAUCGCGGCCACUUGGAGCGCUAUCCCUCGCCCGCUGCCACGCCCAGCAGAUCCGGUGAAGUGGGCGGCGGCGGCGGAGGAGGAGGAGGUGGUGGUGGUUCCUCCAGCGGAAACUCCGGAAAGCCUUUGGGCCAAAUGCCAAAAGGUUAUAGACACAGUUACGCAGAACCCGUUUUCGCAAGAUCCGGCGGAAGAGUCGGCUUGGCCGCAGUGAAUCCCUACUAAAUGGGAUUCCCCUGGAGGAUUCUUAUAAAGGAGUGCUUUUAUGAGGAGCACCCCUGACCAAAAGUAAAAACCGUGCAACGAAAUCCAAACUAAUCGAAUGGGAGGAAAACUCGCGAGUGUCGCAACUAUUUCUGGGAAUAUUGAAAAACGUUUUUUUUAAUUUAGAAAAUCAUAUAAAACUAUUGUUAUCCUUUUAUUUUAUAUUUAAUUUUCAAAAUGUGUUAUUUCGGCAAAUUUGAAACCUUUUUAUUUAAAGUUUUUACACAACUUUUUAUUUAUAUAGUUGAACAUUCCACUUUUUUUCUUGAACAACGAAAUAUUAUUUGUUAACG